AUGACAAGAGAGAAGGGAGAGAAGGUGGUCGUGCAUGCAAGUGGAUUUGUGGGCGUGGAGAGUUACAGCACCAUGGCCAACCACAUUCUGAACAGCAAAAGCAUCUCAAACUGGACCUUCAUCCCUGAAAAAAACAGCAGCUGUGUCCUGCUCCACUCAGUCAAUUCCUUUGCCAGAAAGCUACUUGUACAUAAACACUCCAUUGACAUAUCGGAUGUCUUCAUUCAUACGAUAGGCACCACCAUAUCUGGAGAUAACAAUGGAAAGAAUUUAACCUUUUCAAUGAGAGUUAAUGAUACCAACGAUGAUGAGGUCGCUGGGAGGGUGCUGAUCAAUAGAGAUGAACUUCGGAAGUUGCCUUUUCCUUCUCAGAUCAUCAGCAUUGCCUUUCCAACUCUUGGAGCCAUCUUAGAAGCCAGCCUUUUGGAAAAGGUCAUUGUGAACGGGCUUGUCCUGUCUGUCAUUUUGCCCAAGGAACUUGAAAGAAUCUUACUGACUUUCGAAAAGAUCAGCAAGUCAGAGGAGAGCAGAACACAGUGUGUUGGCUGGCACUCUUCGGAGAGCAGAUGGGACCAGCAGGCUUGUCAAAUGAUUCAAGAAAACUCCCAACAAGCUGUCUGCAAAUGUAGGCCAAGCAAGUUGUUUACUUCUUUCUCCAUUCUUAUGUCACCCCACAGCUUGGAGAGCCCCAUCCUGAUUUACAUCACGUACAUAGGCCUGGGCAUUUCUAUUUGCAGCUUGAUCCUUUGCUUGUCCAUCGAGGCCUUGGUUUGGCGCCAAGUGACGAAGACGGAGAUCUCAUAUUUACGCCACUUGUGCAUCGCUAACGUUGCAGCCACCUUGCUGAUGGCUGAUGUGUGGUUCAUCGUGGCUUCCUUUCUUAGUGGUCCCAUGACCCACCACGAUGGAUGUGUGGCAGCAACAUUUUUUGUUCAUUUCUUUUACCUUGCUGUGUUUUUCUGGAUGCUUGCCAAAGCACUCCUUAUCCUCUAUGGAAUCCUGAUUGUUUUCCAUACACUGCCCAAGUCAGUCCUCGUGGCAUCUCUCUUUUCGGUGGGCUAUGGGUGCCCUUUGGUCAUUGCUGUCAUCACGGUGGCUGCCACUGAGCCCGGCAAAGGCUACCUAAGGCCUGAGGCCUGCUGGCUCAACUGGGACAUGACCAAGGCUCUCCUGGCCUUUGUGGUCCCAGCUCUGGCCAUCGUGGUUGUCAACCUGAUCACAGUCACAGUGGUGAUCGUCAAGACCCGGCGAGCUGCCAUCGGCAGUUCCAUGUUCCAGGAGGUGAGAGCCAUUGUGAGAAUCAGUAAGAAUAUCGCCAUCCUCACACCAAUGCUGGGACUGACCUGGGGAUUCGGGAUAGCUGUAGUCAUCAACGACAGAUCCCUGGCCUUCCACAUUCUCUUCUCCUUGUUCAAUGCAUUCCAGAAUGCAGGCUCAGUUUCACAAUCUGAACAAUAUAUGACUAUAAAAGUACAUUCCAGCAAGUCGAAGACCAUUACAGAUCUGUUGAUGCAAACCUGUCCGAAGGAUUUGUCCUGUAUCCUUCAGAACAUCCAGCAUUCUCCCCGGAUCCCGGGAAACAUCGCUGUCAUUGUGCAGCUUCUGCACAACAUAUCCACAGCAGCACUGAGCGACGUCAACAAGGCAAAGAUGCAGGCUGCCAGCAAAAGCAAGGAGGUGUCUGCCAAACCACACGGUAUGUUGGCAGCNGCCUUUUCCUUGCUCGUUGGGUCAUGA